AUGAAACAGAGGAAAAACCGAAAUGACAAACAAGCGGAUUACUACAACGUAGGUGCUAAAAAUCUGUUGCCUCUUGAAGAGGGAGAUACUGUGCGAAUGCGGCCAUUUAGACUUGGACAGAAAUCAUGGGAUCGAGCAACGGUUAAACGAAGAUAUGAUGAACGGUCGUACGAGGUAGAGACUGAUAGGGGGAAUUUCCGACGAAAUAGAGUAGAUAUUAAGAAGACGACGGAACAAACUGAACACCCGACUGAGGGGAGACCACAGAUUGGUGGGCGGCAGCCCGCCAUUGAGAUCCAGCCAGAAAUACCAGAAGUGACAGGAAACGACCGACAUACCGUUCCAGUGACUACGAGUAACAAUGAUGAGCAACGAGUAACAAUGACGGCCAACGAUGCAGCGACGGGUAUCAAUGAAGAUCAGCACAAAGCGCAAGAGCAUCCGAUGACACAAGAGUCAAGUAGACCAAGACGAGUGAGAAAGAAACCCAAUUACUUGAAUGACUACACCAUGAACUGA